ACCGUACCGUACGAUACGAGGACUGAGGACACAGCAAACAGAACAUCGGAAAGGAGAAAUUGAUGCCAUGAUCACUGAUUUUCCGUACAUUGUUGGUCAUUAUCGAAAGACGUGAAAGAUUGUGAGGCCCGUAUUGAAGGUUUGAGUGGCCAGGACCACUCUCUCGGGAAAGACAGUAUCGUGCUGUUCUUCUUUUCUUGGAGUAUACAAUAGAGAACCAUGAACGACGACCAUGAAAUCAGGAAGUUGCUACUAAAGCAAGGUGAAUAUAGGAAGCUAUACUCGUCAAUACUCCAAAAGCAUCGGGGUUCCUUACAAGGAAAUUCAGGCAACGGCGAUGCAAUUCGUGGUAACGAUAGCGACGGCCACUUUGAAGACGAAGCUCGGUUGCUGAACCAGAUUUUUCAAACCGAAGUCAAGAAUCUUGCCACGGGCAUCGGAGCAACAGCGGCAACACUGGCAUCGCUCCGAUUUGCCCGCAGCAGGCGUGCUGUCUCUGCGGUGUUUGGAAGUGCCAAAGCAAAGGUCUUAUAUGAGGCCGAGAUAGAGGGGAAAAGGGUCGGGACGGACAACUUCCAGAAGGGUUUUGGUACGUACCAUACUCCGUCGCAUUAGUAUUCAAAGCCACAUGGAUAUAGACAACAGGAAAAUAGACUUUUGAAUUUUCUAUCUGCACCAGAAACGAAAUUUCCAUCGAGCGUCAGUAAAUCAGUUGAUCGAUGCUCAGCCUUUUUUCACUUCCAUCUGUGCACCGGUCUUUCCAAUCUGUUUUCCUUUUGUCUCCUUGGCAUGUCACUCCUUGCGUGCACCAUGCUUUGCCACCAGCCACCGUCGUAGAGGGCAUGUUUUCGCUGUGGGUGGGAUACCGAUGCUACGACUAUGCUUCUGAUUCUUCAAGAGACAGCAUAAAUGCCAUCGCCGAAUUGCCCCUUUGCAAGGGCCGGAGCCGUGUUGCCGAAGCGCUUUGCCCCGAGUGGAUCGAGACCACAAAGACGCAUAUCCCGGGUUCCUUCUGGAAGGCACUCGCAGAGAACAAACUUCAGGAGGAACGAACUUGGGCAGCAAUCCAGAAGUUCUCGAUCAACUGCGAAAAACGCCUGGCUGCUGAGCGAAUUACUCGGAAAGUAUCGUCGAUGCGGGAAGACGAACCAGUAGUGCUGACCAAACGUGUUUCAUCCGCUUAAAGCAACAGCGAGACAACAAUGGCAAGAACAUGAUGCGACGCAGGUUUGGCUCUACGAGAAAAGUAUUGUCCUGCUGAUGUACGAAUCCAAUUCUAUGCGAUGUCACACCUGGGGAUGAUUUGGAAUGACUAUCACGGUGAGCGAUAGAAAUUAGUAGCUGAAAAUCUCUGAGAUACUCUUAGUGAUAUCAAAACACGAAGGCGUACUGAGUACCAAUCCAUAAGCGCUAAGCGAAAACGGCUGAGACCAACAAACAACUUAAGACAGA